CUUCUCUCGAACCGGUCGGUUCACGACCUUUCAGACACCGAACCGGGCUCACUCCGAUUCGUUCGAUUCGAACCCUCGACCUCCAAAUCCCACAUCUCCCCUUUUCCAUCUGCAAACCUCGCCGCCGGCCGCUCCUCCGGCGAGUAAUCCCCACAAACCCCGACCGAAACGGGUCCGGCCUGCCAUGCAGAAGAACUUCCGCAAGCGUAACUUGGAGCCAGACACCGCCGACCACUCCGAUGACGAGGACGUCCGCCGCGUAGCUCUGGAGGAGAUCAAAUACAUGCAGAAGCUUCGGGAGAGGAAGCUGGGCAUCCCCGCGGCGUCCGUCGCCACCGGCGCUGCCGCCACGACCACCGACGGGUCCUCCGCCCGCGGCCGUGGAGGCGGCGGGGCAGCGGCCGCCAGCGAGACCGAUAAGGAGGACCUCGUCCUGCAGGACACCUUUGCGCAGGAGACCGCCGUCACCAUCGAGGACCCCAAUAUGUUGAGGUACGUGGAGAACGAACUGUUAAAGAAGAGAGGCAAGACGAUUGAGGUGAAUGACAAGGACGAGAAGGAUGACGUCGAUGAGCUCUAUGUCGUGCCAGACCACCUGAAGGUGAAGAAGAAGAACAUGGAGGAGAGCUCAACACAGUGGACCACUGGCAUCGCUGAAGUUCAGCUACCCAUUGAGUACAAAUUGAGAAAUAUUGAAGAAACUGAGGCAGCUAAAAAAUUGCUGCAAGAGAAAAGGCUUGCGGGCAAAACAAAAUCUGAUGCAAAUAUUCCAUCUAGUUACAGUGCGGAUUAUUUUCAUCGUGGUAGAGAUUAUGCUGAAAAAUUGCGAAGAGAACAUCCUGAGCUGUACAAAGGUCAAGAUUUGCAAGCUAAUGAAACUGGAGGCAAACCAACUGGUAGUAACAAUCCAGAUGGUCCACCAGCACGACGUAGAGAAGCUGCUACUGAUGAGUUGUUGCUCGAGCGUUUCCGUAAGCGAGAAAAAUUCCGUGUCAUGCGAAGAUAGCAAUAGCCGACCGAGCAUGCUACUGGAUUGUCCUGUUGCCUUCUAAGCAGAAAACAUGUUAGUGUGAACAAAUGAUGGCCCUGAAUGUAUGUGUUGAUUUACUCGUUGACUCAGUGAAAACCCAUCACUGAAACAGUUGUGUUCUCCUGGUUUUUGACUUUGCUUUUGCAGCUCCUGCUAUUGAGAAGUAAGAUCUAAGAUGCACACAAACUUAUUACAGAGGUAUGAAGCAGAUUUGAGGUCUGUUUCAUUCAAAUGUGGAAAUUCAUCAAUCUGGAGGCUUCAUGCAUUUUUAGGACUUUGCAGUGGAUUCUUAAAUGUCAGUGCUGCAGGAGUAAACCCUUAUUUUAAGGAUGUUCAUGACUUGCAGUGGCUGGUCCUACAUAGCAAGUCACAUAACAAAUUGUCGCCCUGCAUGUUCUCCACUGGAAGAAAUUCUGUUAUUAGAUGUGCUUUCUGCUGUGCUGAGCAUGACAGUUGUGACUGAGCUGCAGCAUCCUGGGAAAAUGGGUUGUUGGAGGUU